AUGAUAAGCGAAGGAAAAGGGAAAUCAACCCGAACUAGAAAUGUGCAAUCAGUGCUCAACAUUUCACCAACCUGGACUAAAAAAGUGUGUUCCACUUGUCAUAUGACGUAUAAUCCACUGGUUUCUGUGGACGCUUCGGUUCACAAAAAGUACCAUUCAGAUUUUAUGAGCGGUAUUAAUUGGACAGCGACACUUGGAAGCAAGUCUUUGGAGACGGUUACUCUUGUGCUGCUGAAAAAGAGUUCUAAACUAGGUCAGUUGAAAAGCUCUGUGACGCGUGAAACGAAACGCGUUGUGAUACAUACCAUUGAUAAACAGAACAAAAGACAGGUUUCCAAGGUUGAAGAGAUAUUGAAAAUGGUCAAUACAGAGCUUAAUGCAGCUGAUGACUCUAAACAGUGGCGCCUGCUUGCGUUUGAUUCAAGCAAGGCUUUUAUUCUUGUGCUUGACAACAAGGCUAUAGGAAUAUGCACAACAGAUUCCAUUAAUCAUGCGCAAUGGUUGAUACUAAAAAAUCAAAAAAUCGUCCCUGACCGUAAAUUGGAUGGUUUUUGCAUAGGAAUCUCACGAAUCUGGAUUGCCCCAAAGUGGCGAAAUCAUGGCCUAGCAGGCUCGUUGUUGCAGUGUGUCAUGAAGAAUUCAGUAUAUGGAAAAAUCUUGUCCAGGCAUCAAAUUGCAUUCAGCCAACCAAGUUUUGGAGGCGGUCUACUCGCCAAGUCAUUCAAUGGCGUUAUGCACAAAAGCGGGGAAGUGCUUAUACCGGUAUACACUGAAAAAUGA